UUGCGGAUGCUGCGAGGAAACAACCGAUUUUUUUCCAAAUAGGAAGCACUUAAAUUUCCCCAAAAUCAAUACAACCAAGAAAUAAAAAAAAAUCACAAAAUAUCAGCAAAAUGUCUCUAAAAUACCUGCUGCAAUUGCAAGUUUUAAUUACACUUUGUCUACUCUUCCACUGGAUCUACAAAGCGGAUGGUGAAUUUCUUCGUCGUAAUUUUCCCGAGCGAAUACGCAUCCCUUGUGAAGACCCAGGGCUGCUGGCAAAUGGAUUCUCAGUUACGAAACGUCGCAAUACGUUGUUGCAGCAUUAUUGCAAUUUUGGUUUCAAGCUCAUUGGUGACAGACGAACGCAGUGCAAUCAGGGCAAAUGGAAUGGCGAUCGACCCGUAUGUGCAAAAUCUGGAUGCAUCAUUCCCUCGCAGAAUCCUGAAAAUGGCAGAAUACAAUACAUAGACCAGUUUCACAUCGGUGUCUACUGUUCGGAGGGCUAUGAUUUGAUUGGUAAUCGUUAUGCCUACUGCAAUGGCUCGGAUUGGGAUCGUCCACAGGGUGGUUGUCGGAAGCGAUCCAGCAAAGUGAGCCACGAAUGCGAUUUUGAGUCCAGUGACAUCUGUGGUUGGGUGGUGGACACAUCGGAGGGUUUCAAAUGGCGACGCGCCAUGGCCGCCAAUGUAUUCACCUCCUUCCAUACUGGACCGCAACACGAUCACACCACAAUGAAAGCAAGCGGUGGGCAUUAUAUGCUGAUGGAAAGCUUUGGUGCCACAUCAACGCCAUCUGCCCUCACUUCGCCCAUUUACGGACGUGAUAUGAGCCUAAAGACGGCGUGUUGCUUUCAGUUCUACUAUUUCAUGUAUGGCGCUGGUGUGGGUAAUUUGAAUGUCUACGUAAAACCGGUGACGAAGAUGCUGACAGAGGUUAUUGAGGAUAAAGAGAACUAUGUGAAAUUCAGCAAAUCAGGAAAUCAGAAUAACAACUGGAAUGAGGCUCACUUCAGCAUCGAUGAAAUGGAAGAUGAUUUUCAGAUAGUUUUUGUUGCGGAUGGCGCCAAGAAUCACCUAAGUGACAUCGCAAUAGACGAUGUUAAAAUAAUGUCAGGAACCGAGUGCAAGUCUUUGGAUAACCGUGAUGAGGAGCCGGAUGACUCGGCUGAGGUUGAGGUCACAACAACAGAGGAGUCCCUCUUUGACACCUUAUCAUGCGUGUCACGUUGCGGUCAAAAGACGAAUAUCAGCAUAAUUCGCGACAACUAUCAUUUGACUGGCCUCUGCAGCUGCCACGACAGCUGUAUUGCGGAUGAUGACUGCUGCCCAGAUUAUAUCAAAGUGUGUUUAGAUGCGCCCAACGAUGAUGAGCUUUCAACAUCAUUUGCACCAAUAGCCACCACUAUGAAGGCUUUAGAGGUUAGCACAACCCCGCCGACAACGAAGAAAAGUACCAGUACAACUCCAAGUAUCACAAACACUUCAAUAGCAACAACGAAGAUGACAACCAGGAAGCCGACGACCGCAAAAAUUACAACAACUACAGUCACGACCACAACAACAACUACGCGUAAGCCUACAACCGUACGCAAUACAGCUACUGUUGCAACUACAACUACAACAACAACCCGUAAGCCAGCAACAUCUACAACUACAACUACUACAACAACAACUCGUAAACCUACACUUGCUACAACUAAACACACAACACCAAAAACAACGUCCACAAAACGUACAACGCCAACAACAACAAAAAUUACAACACCUACAACAACUUCUUUACCAAUAACAACUUCCACAAAACGUGCAACAACCUCAACCACAGGUCUGCCCACAACAAAAACUCGGUCCUACCCAGAGCCAAUAUCCGAGGCAACCGUUAGAGCAGUCACUGAUCGGAAGACUGCCACUGGCGAUACCAUGGAAGUACCACGAAAAGAAAAAAGUCAAUCACAAACUAAUGUCACAAAGCACACUUGGGAAUGGCACCCAAAACCUCAGGAUAAUCAGCGUGGAUCAAUGGUGCUGUUCUUCAUAUUUGGCCUACUACUUACCGCCAUCGUCGUGGCGACAGUAUAUCGACAAAGGGAACCCUUAAAGGCCAUUUGGUUGAGGAAAAUAUUAAAAAGAGACCAGAAUGAGGGAGGCGCGGAAGACAGUAACUCGAUAAUUGCGAACUUUCAACACGAAGAAGCGUUGCAAAAUGGCAGCAGCGCAGCUAGUGGGAGCUCCACAGGCAAUCGAUUGAAACUUUCAUUACCCGGCUUAAAGAGGGCCAAGCCGAAGAGGCAAGCAGCCGCUGAUGAGCAAUCAUCAUUCGAUGAAACUGAGAAUGACGACAUACCGCUGCUGUGAGUGAAAGAAAGAGAGCAGAAUUAAUAAAAUGAAUUAAUAAGAAAAUUAUUUAUCAACGUUUUUAAUAUUUUUGUUCAAGAUAAAUCAACGUUAAAGGUAGAAAAUAUUAAAAAGGAAUAAAAUUUCAUAUACAAAAAA